AUGCAAAGAGUUGAAGAAAAUUGCCAUGCAAGUUCACUACAAUUAGCUAACAAAGUAGAAAGCCAAACUGGGGUGAUUGCUUCCCGUUACACAGUACAGCAUACAUUGCAGAGGAAUGGCGUGCAUGGGUGUUGUCCACAAAGGAAGCCUCUCCUAAAACCCAUGCGCAAAAAAGCCCACCCAGAAUUUGCCAGGGCCCAUGCUGAAAAAGAAGAAGACUACUGGGACUCUAUACUCUGGAGUGAUGAGACCAAUAUAAGUGUUUUUGGAACUGAUGGCUUCAAAACUGUAUGGUGUCACAAAGGUGAGGUGUACAAAGAAAAAUGCAUGGUGAAGCAUGGUGAAACAUGGUGGGCGCAGUGUCCUGUGGGGCUGCAUGAGUGCUGCUGAUGUCGAGGAGCUGCAUUUCAUUGAUCGAAUAAUGAAUUCACAGAUGUACUGCUCUAUAUUGAAAGAGAAGAUGCCAUCAUCACUCCAUGCCCUUGGUUAUCAUGCACU